CUUCUGCUUCCGCUAGAGAGGCGGGGCAAAGUGGGCGUAGAAAGGGAGCGUCAACUUCCCGGCGACCCCCGCGCAUGCGCAGAAGUAGACCUCGCGCGAUGAGGCGGGUCUAGAACGACGUGGGAGUAUGCGUGUGACGUCACGGAGCGUAGCGGCGGCGCUGUGUGAGGAAGGUGCCGUGGGAGUUCGCUCUCGGUGCGUCUCCAUUAAUCCCCGUCGGUGAUCGCUCCGCUGACCCGUUUCUGCGAGUGCCCGCGUUAGCGACCGGAUCCUUUGCAUUGUCGCUACGUUUCCCCGCCUCCCGGAGAGGCCCUGAAGGUCACCUGGCCCUGCAUGCGAUGGGAGCUUUAUCAUGGCAAGCGAGACUGGGCUUGGUACACGUCUGAGGGCCACAUCUGGAAUGGGCGACGGAGUAGAAGGGGUCCCGAUGUCAGGGGCCCCACAACCUUCACCUACUCAACCCCAGCCACAAGGUGCCCUGUUAGUCAACCCUCCUCCUCCUGAAACUACCAGACCAAACCAGCCAAAGCGCCAGACCAACCAGUUACAGUACUUAUUAAAGACCGUGCUGAAGACACUAUGGAAGCACCAGUUUGCUUGGCCUUUUCAGCAGCCUGUGGAUGUUAUCAAACUAAACCUGCCUGACUAUUAUAAAAUUAUCAAGAUCCCAAUGGACAUGGGCACCAUUAAGAAACGUCUGGAGAACUAUUAUUAUGUCAGCGCCCAGGAAUGUAUCCAGGACUUUAAUACAAUGUUUACAAACUGCUACAUCUACAACAAACCUGGAGAUGAUAUAGUGUUGAUGGCUGAAGCCCUGGAGAAACUCUUCUUGCAGAAGAUUUCUGAGAUGCCCCAGGAAGAAACAGAGUUGCCAAUUGUUCAGAGCAAAGGACGUGGUCGUGGGAAGAGGGAACCAGAUGCAUCAAUUACCCCAAUGAGAACCCGGGUCCCUUCAAUAAAUCAAGGAGACAAGCCCAUCUCUAAACCUCCAGUCACACCUGUCUCUAAGCCUGCAACCCCUACUCCUGUGACCCAGGCACCUACCCCUCCGCAGACCCGUACCCCACCUGCCCGCACCCCUACAAUCACGCCAGCUCCCCUUACGUUUUCACCUACCAUCACUCAGGACAUGGUAGUGCCCACAACAAUACCUGCUGCUCCACAGCCUAUACAGAGUCAUCCACCCAUCAUACCAACUGCAACCCAGCCCGUAAAGGUGAGAAGAACGAAAGGGGUUAAAAGGAAAGCUGAUACUACAACUCCCACCGCGCAUGAUCCAGUCCAUGAAUCUUCACCGCUUCCUAGUGAGCCUAAGCCUGCGCCGCGACGGGAGAGUGGUCGCCAAGCUCGGCCAGCAAAAAAGACUGAGGUGCCUGACUCCCAGCUUCCUGCGCCGCCUCCUGUACUACUCCCUGCUGCAGGUCCAGCAUCUAUCCCAGCAAAUAGCAGCACCAAGCUCUCUGAGCAACUACGCUAUUGUGCCGGAAUUGUCCGGGAAAUGUUUGCAAAAAAACACACUGCCUAUGCUUGGCCAUUUUAUAAACCAGUGGAUGUGGAGGCUCUUGGACUGCAUGACUACUGCGAAAUUAUCAAGCAUCCAAUGGACCUGAGUACCAUCAAGGUAAAGCUGGAUAAUGUGGAGUACCGAGAUGCCCAGGAGUUUGCUUCUGAUGUGCGGCUUAUGUUUUCUAACUGUUACAAGUAUAAUCCACCAGACCAUGAGGUGGUAGCCAUGGCUCGAAAGCUGCAGGAUGUUUUUGAAAUGCGAUUUGCUAAGAUGCCAGAUGAACCUGAAGAAGCACCUGCUCCGGCACCCUCACAAAGUCCAGGUCCUCCGGCACCCUCCAUCAAAGGUCCUUCACAUAUUUCUAGCGAUAGUAGCAGUGACAGCUCUUCUGAUAGCGAAAGUAGCUCUGAUAGCGAAGAGGAAAGAGCACAGAGGUUGGCGGAGCUUCAAGAGCAGUUGAAAGCAGUACAUGAGCAGUUAGCGGCCCUCUCUCAACCUCAGCCAAACAAACCAAAGAAAAAGGAGCGUGAAAAGCGGAAGGAAAAGCACAAGAGAAAAGAAGAGGUUGAGGAGCCGCGGAAGAACAGAGCCCGGGAACCUCCAGCUAAGAAACCCAAGAAAAGUGUUCAAGGGCCAGUGGGAACACCAAGGUAUCUUACUAACCCUCAGAAAAUGGAGCAGAGCGAGAACAAUAAUCAACUAAUGGCAACAAAGACACACAUAAAAAAAGAAGCACCCCCACCAGUGUCACGCCCACCUCGUCCUGCACCCCUUCCGGCUCCCUGCGAGUCUUCAGAAGAGGAAACGCAAAGAUGUCGACCCAUGUCUUAUGAAGAAAAGCGCCAGCUGAGCCUGGACAUUAAUAAACUUCCAGGGGAGAAGCUAGGUCGUGUAGUGCAUAUUAUCCAGUCCCGGGAGCCAUCCCUUAAAAACUCAAACCCAGAUGAGAUUGAAAUAGACUUUGAGACUCUUAAACCGUCCACUCUGCGAGAGCUGGAGAGAUAUGUCACCUCUUGCCUGAGAAAGAAGCGAAAACCUCAAGAGCCUUCGAAUGGUGUUAUGGACUACCAGAAAACUCGUAUAACAUAUAAAAUUGAGGCUCCCACCUCUGGUUCCAGUAAAGGAAAAGGCUUCUCCUCUUCUGAAUCCGAAAGCUCCAGUGAGUCAAGCACUUCAGACAGUGAAGAAUCUGACCCAGAAAUGGUCCCAAAACAGAAGAAAAAGAGUCACUCAGGGAGAGAGUCCAGAAAGAAUCAUCACCAGUCUCAUCCUCCUCAACAAUCUCUUGCACCACCUUCCAAUGCCAUAAAACCACCUUCUCCAAUUCCUCCACCCUCGUAUGUUCCCCCUCCCAGCUUGGACUCAUCCCAUCCUUCUCUACACCAUCCUCUCCAUCCUGCUAGUGUUUUUGAAGCAGUUUCUGCUCACUAUGGGCAGGGAGGGCUACACAUCCCGACACCUGAUCUUCCAGCACAUCUAACAGGUGGUCAGCCAGAACGUGUUUCUCCGCCUCAUCUCAACCAACAUGCCCUUGUUAGUCCUCCAGCUCUGCACAAUGCCCUUCCCCAGCAACCCUCUCGCCCCUCGAAUCGUGCAGCUGCUCUCCCCCCAAAACCUGUCCGACCACCUUCAGCUUCACCACCUCCACCUCAAACACAUCACCAACCAGCCUCCCUUUCCCACCAUCACCACCCACAGCCCCCUCAUGUCCUUUUAGAAGAUGAUGGUCCACCAUCUCCUAACAGUGGCCUCCCUCCUUCCCCUGUUCAGCUUGGCCCUGCACAGAUGGCCCUUUACCUGCAGCAACUACAGAAGUCACAGCAACCUCCCGCUCGAUCCCCCCUCCAGCCACUCCUCACUUCUGUUAAAGUGCAGAGUCAAGCCCCAUUGACUUCUCAGCCCCAGUCAGUGCGUCACAUGCAGAACCUGCCUUACCCUUCUCCUUCCUCAUCUGUUGUAAGCACUGCCCCCCAACCACCUCCUCCUUCAUCCCAUGUGCACCAGUUACAGACCCCACCUGCAGCUUCACAACCACCACCGGGACAGGUGCCACCUCCCUCACAACAACACCCAACUCUGCAAAGCCCUUUGGCUCCUCCACACCCACAGCUUGUGCAACACCAGCAGGCCAAGCAACAGCAAGUGAUCCAGCAUCAUCAUCCAUCACCGCAGCAACAGAAACCAGAGCCGUACCCUGUAGGUCACAUGAGAGAGGCUCCAUCACCUCUUCUGCUCCAUUCACCUCAGGUGGCUCCAUUUGCAAGCAUGGCACAUCCACCUUCACCACAAGCUGUGCAGCCUAAGAAGCAGGAAAUGAGAGGAUCAUCAGUGUUGCAGCCUCAGCCGCUUGUAGUAAAAGAACAAAAGCGUCAUUCACCCUCUAUAAGGCCUGGAGGCUUUUCCCCUGGCUUAAGAAGUGAAUCUCACAAACUUCCAGAGUCCCUCAAAGUUUCUAGCCUUGAACAGCCACGGCCAGAGAUGAAAUCAAUCGACGGAAGCCGCCCUGUGCGACCUCCAGAUCAGAUCACCCCUCAAGUGGUACCUGAGAAAGAGAAGCUAAAGCCAGAGCCCAAGACACCAGUGGCCCCCAAAAAGGAUCUAAAAAUUAAAAAUAUGGGCUCCUGGGCCAGUCUAGUGCAGAAGACUCAAGUCACACCAACAUCAGCUGGGAAGUCAUCCAGCGAUAGCUUUGAGCUUUUUAGACGUGCAGCUCGAGAGAAGGAAGAGCGGGAAAAGGCACUGAAACUGCAGGCAGAGCAAGCAGAGAGAAUGCGACGAGAGCAGGAGAGGAUGAGAUCUCGGGAAGAAGACGAUGCUCAGGAGCAAGCACGUAAAGUGCAUGAAGAUGCUCGUAGGAGACAAGAGCAGCAACAGCAUGUGCAAAAUACUCUUCCUGCAGCUCCACCGCCUACGCAAAGCUCUCAGCCGAUCAUGGAUCAGAGAGAGAUGGAAAGGAGGAGAGAACAGGAGAGAAGACGGCGACAGGCGAUGGCCCCCUCUAUAGACAUGAAUUUUCAGAGUGACCUGAUGGAGAUAUUUGAACAGAACUUGUUCUCUUGAGACUUCAAUCUUCGCACAGUCACCACCUCCACCACUUUACUCCACUCAGCCCUGUCCCAUGAUUUCCACCUUAUUUUGGGUUUUUCUUUUUUCUUUUUUUAACGCCCGAGGGGACACCCUACAAGAGAUGACAUUUAUUAUGCCCCUCGUGUAUUUUUAUCCCAGCCUUCGUACACGUGGAGUCUCCAGAAGUGUCGAUAUGACAGCGAGGAGACAUGCGGCCUCAGUAUGGAUUAUCGUGCAGUAAAACCUCCUGUUUUUGUACCACCUUCUAUCCCCCUUGUGGGCAGAGCAAUUUGGAAGAGCACAGACUCUUUGGGGGUAGCAGAGGUAUUCUUCUAUAACCCACUUUCUGUGAAAAGUGGGUAAGGGGCGCACUCUGCAUUAAAUGAGGUUCACACGCAAGAGACAGGCAUUUGGGUACAGUGCAAAGUGUGCUUGUUUGUGUCAGGGCUAAGAGGGCUGCAGAACAUUGCUCAUUGUGUGCGCAAACAAAUUGCUACGGCAAGUAGAGAUUACUGGUGUAUAUAAUCCAAAUGCCCUUGCAGCUCUUUGGGGGCCCAUUAAGCCUUGUUUUAUAUACAUGAUUACAUCUAUUCACCUUUCCGCCGUUGCACCUUGAGUUCAGUUGGGUCCAGGGAAGAGAUGCAUAGCUAUAUGUUUGUGCGGUAUAGAAUGUGGACGUACGUGGCGAACAUUUUACAAUGCAUUCUGUAGGGUAAAACAAGAUGACUAAUUUAUAUAAUGGCAGUACUUAAGUAUCAAUUGGAUUCUUCUACAUGAAUUGUGCCAUCCUGUUUAAAAGGAGUGGUAAUUCAGUGUUCUGCACGUACACCUGCAGUUUUCUAUAUAUGAUGCACACAUUGCUUCCUGUACCCAAUAUCACUCAUUGUGUAAAUGUUGGCUGCAUUUCAUAUACGGUGAUGACCGCUCGAUUAUAGCCCAUCUUUUUGUACACACAUUUCUAUGUGCCUGCAAUGAUUGUACUAUUUUUUUUUUUUUUUUUUUUUUUUUUUUAUAUAAUGUAUACAUCUUAUUUUCAUGUGGUGUGUGUGUGUGUGUGUGUGUGUGUGUGUAUGUAUGUAUGUUUGUCCUUGUACACCCAAAUUGCUCUUGAAACUCAGGUAUUAAUCCCCUUUCUCUAAGGAUGUAGAAACUGCUCAGUAUAAAUACAGUAGAAAGUUAAGCAAGCAUAGUCCAAUAGGUCCUGUACAUUAAAUCCCAGAUUUCCAUUCUGCACAUCAUUGCAUUGUAUAUUGCUUUUACAUGUAUACAUGCGGGUGGGCUGUAUACAGGCACACACAUGUAGUUGCAUGGUUUUAUACGUAUUCUUAUGACACCCUUCUAUGUAUUUUAAUAGCUCUCUGCUGGGCUGACCAUUUACUUUGCAUGGCUGCCUUCACCUACUGCAAAAAUUUCAUCCCCCAUAGUCUACAUUUUGUUGCCCAGCAGGUUUUUUCCCAUCGCUGCUGCGCAUCCUGUACUAAGGGUAUUGCUCUGCGAGUCCAUCCCUGACCGUGGCGCAGCAUUCUUGUAUUCUCGCAGGGAUACUGUGCUUAAAGUGUGAUUUUUUUUUUUUUUCAAACCUGCAAAUGAACUUCUCGGAAUGCGGAGCUUCGUACUGCUCAUUUAGAGGGGUAGAUAAGAGGGUCAUAGACCACCUUGGUCUCGAGGCACACUAGCAGUUACGUAUACACUGUAGCAUCAAUAAUUCCUGCUAAAUGUUCAUAUGACCAUGUUAUGCUGUGAAAUUGGAGUCCAGCGCUCUACUGCUGCAGGUUUGACCUGGUGCAAUGAUCUGCUCGCACACAAUACAAUAGUCUGCAAAAAUCUCUAUGCCCUUAGUCUGUAGGCACUGCAGUUAUGCAGAGUAGCUGUACCAGCCCUAAGUUUAGUGCGGGCCCGGUGAGCGUGAGUGAACGUAAGUAUGUGUGUGCGUAUUCGUGUGUGCAUGGCGGGGAGGGAGGGGGGAUCUUUAAUUGUUUUGAUCGCCCUGUUAAUUUGAUACAAACUCAACCUUCCCUCAACCUUUCCUUCCCAUAUCCUGUCUCUGUAAUUUUACUGUUUAUUUUGUUCUUUUUUAUUUUAUAUAUAAAUAUAUAUAUAAUUUGAACUGUUCAGAAAAAACUAAAAUCCUUUAUGUGCCAUAAGCUCUUUCCUUUAUUCUCCACACCCCUCUUCCCACCUCUUCCUAUUGUCUCCUCCUUUUUUAGAUAGUGCCCUCUCCAUUCAUUUUCCCCGAGCAAACAGGCACUGAAGUCUGUGUUGUAACUGAUUUCAUGCAAUAAAGUCUUUUUUAUUAUAUUUUCAUUUAAUUUUACUUUUGCUGCAUAUAUGAAAAAAAUACAAAACAAAUAUUUAUGUUGGUUUCAGCCUCUGUUGCCCACCCUCCCUAAAUUCCAUCCCCCGCCCUGUUGUUCCUUUUUUUUACUUAUCUCACUGAAAGUUGCUCUCCAUCUGUGGGGUGUGGUGGUAAUGCUCUGCAGAUGCGCUGGAGGGUGUGGGGAUUAACACAAUGGCAAUAUUGGGGAGCCAUGUAAGAUUGUGAGGGUAAUACUUGUUCAGUAUUUGCAAAGUGACGAUGGGGGGUUUCGUGAUGCUCUGCAGGGAUGGAUAACUUUAUUUUUUUUAUUUUUUGGAUGGUCAACACUGGAAAUGAUAUACAGGAAAGACGCACAAUAUUGUGCAUUAUAAAAGUCAAAAAGAACAGUGUACUUUGUUUUAAGAGUCGGUUGUAUUCUUUCAUAUGUUUAAGGUGAUGUGCGAAGAGUGCCCAUUCCUCUCUGGUAUUACUAAGCAAUGGGCACACCUGGGUAUUUGAGCAUGAUGCUCUGUUGGAUCCUAGCCCCUUCACAUGACUAUAAUACUUCUAUUAAACAGUGUUCUGUCUCAAGUUUCCAAACUUCAUCUGGAUUCCUUUUUUCCGAUUUUGCCUUACUUGCCCUCAUGUGGCUGCAUCAUAUUACUAUACCAGUCAUGUGUUACUUAUGGGGUAACCAAUAUUUAUUUAUUUCUUUGCCUCCUUUUACUCAUUACUGACAUAAGUGACUUAUAGCUGAUACUAAAGGACAUUACAAAAAAAAUGCAUAACUGGUUAAUUUGUUUCUGGACAAAACAAGGUAAAAUCAUGUAUAUUUCUGUUAACACCGCGACCCCCCCCCCCCGUUCUAAUGUACUCCAGAUUCUUCCGGUCUGUGUGCUCUUUGUUCUUCUGCAGCCAAUUACUGAUUGUGGUAAGUGAUUUGGCUGCAGAAGUUAUAUGCUCUUGUCAAGGUCCUGAUUGGGAACAGUAGGGGAAUCUGUAAGGACAGCAGGAAUUUAAUAUUUUUUUUAUUUUUUGUGGUUGGACAAAUCCUUUUAAAAGGGGUUAUCGAAGGAUUAAUACUUAUCUAUCCACAGUAAUAAGUAUCUGUUGGGGGUCUGACCACUGGGACACCCUAUCAUUAGAGAUGAGCGAACUUAAAGUAAAUUCGAUUCGUCACGAACUUCUCAGCUCGGCAGUUGAUGACUUAUCCUGCAUAAAUUAGUUCAGCUUUCUGGUGCUCCCGUGGGCUGGAAAAGGUGGAUACAGUCCUAGGAGACUCUUUCCUAGGCUGAACUAAUUUAUGCAGGAAAAGUCAGCAACCGCCGAGCUGAUAAGUUCGUGACGAAUCAAAUUUACUGUAAGUUCGCUCAUCUCUACCUAUCAUCAUGAGAACAGGGGUCCUUUUUUCUCCCCAAGUGGAUUCAAUGGCAGCACAAUUCUUGACUGCCACUCCAUUUUCAGUGCUCGGCUAUCUUCAGAAAUCCCAUGGCAAGUGAGUGGUGGUCAAGCAUGCAGACUGGUGCUGCACUCAUGGAUUGGUGAGGGUCUGACUGCUUGGACCGCCACCUAUCGGAUACUUAAGCUGACAAGUUUCUAAUCUAAGGAUGACCCCUUUAUGCACUCUACCUGCAUCAACUGUGACUCAAACCUCUACCCUCGAAAUCGUGUUAUAGCUCGUGUAUAUAUAAUUAAUUGCAGUGUCUACAGAAAUCAUGUGUAUGUCCACAUUUUUUUUUUUCUCUGUAAAACAAGUGAACCCUAUUUUUUAUGAUAAAAAAAUAUACAAAAAUAAAAUACAAAGAAAUCAAAUAAAAUCUAUAAAUGUACGAGCCGGUGUGUUAUAGAAUUAGUCAAGAAUAUUGCAAUGCUGCUUGGCAUAAUGUUGUAUGGAAAGAGGUACACAGUCCUUGUAAUCUAAAGGGGUGGUUGAAUGAGACUAGAAAAAUAUGGCUGCUGCCAGAAAUGGAGCCAUGCCUGGAUAUUUUAGAACCCCUUGUAUGCUUAUAGUACUAUGCCUGGAUAAGAAUAGUGUACAAAUUCUUCAGAUGUCAUGUUUGCAUUAGAGUGUUAGCUUAUUAAAUGUGUAUGUAUGUAUAUAUAUAUAUAUAUGUGUGUGUAUAUACAUAUUACAAUACAUUUUUUUAUUAAAUAUACUUUUAGUGUUUCUUACAGGUUGGGGACCAUGUUAUUAUAGUUCAAGCAGCUAUACAGAUAUUAGUGUGUUACCAGUUUUAUUACAUAAUUGACUCUUUUAUACUGUAUCUUACCUGGCUAAAUUGAGAAACAUUUUUAAUCCAACACCAAAAUUACAUGUAAACUGCUCCAAAUUUUGGGAUUCAUGUAACUUUUAUUGUUCAUUGACUUUAUCCUAUUUAAUUUAACUAAAUUUUUAAAGUUUCCUUAUUGCAGACGUUUUAUUGGCCCCUUAAAAAAAAAAGUCUGUAAAAUAUCCCUCCUUUUUCCUUAAAGAAAUGGGGUUCAUUGAAAACCCAAUCAUUAUUUUAUAAGUUUUUUUCUAAACAACUGUCUGCUGCAAAACUAAAACUCCAACUCCAAGCUGUCAGGCAUGCUGUGAGUUUUAGUUUAACGGGUGGAGACAACCUGUUUGGGAAAACACUGCUUUUAUAAUGAGCAUUUCACCUUGUAAUUCUCAUCAUGACAAUCAUCAUUUCUUCAUCAUAGUUCACAUCUUAUGUGACCAGUCGACAGGACAUAUGACAGAAUGGACAUAGGUAGGUGUUUUUGUUUUGUAUUUUUAUAUUUUGAUUUUAUUUGAAUUCGAAGAACGGACAGUGUUAAGCUCACCUUUUUGUGUCCUAUUUAUAUAUCACAGGUGAUCUCGUGACUUUGUAUUAGGCUAGAUUUGUACACAGCGUUUUGGAUGCUAUUUUUUUUGUCACGUUUUUGUUUUUCACUUGGUCAAAUGCUGCAGCCAGACGUGAAAAACAAUACAUACAAAGUCUUUUUGGUGUCCGUAUGCUGCAUGCCAUGAUUUUUUUUUUUUUUUUCUUGGUUUCCUCUUGGGCUUCGCUACCCAACGAAAAAAAAAUUCCAGAAAAAUAUUUUGGGAAACGUAAUAAAAUACCAACAAAAAAGGUUGUUAAAAAAUAUAUAACUUCUGAAAAUGCUUGAAAAAUAGUAUGUUAGGAGGCCUUAUAUCCGUUUUUGAUUAGCACCACUUUUGUGCAUAGAUGGGACUCUUAUUUUAAUUUUAUUUUUUAAUAUUGAGUUAACAGGACUGGCAAAAUGCUUCUAGGCUCCCAGAGAUGCACACAUCACCUUUUUUUUGUUGGCUUCGAAGUAUCCAUAGACUAACAUGUUGUUUUUUUUUUCCCCGUCAACCAGAGAACCCUGCAGAGCAUCACUAAUUAAUUUUAACACAAAAAAUACCAAAUUUAUAUCAAACUACACAUGUAUCACGGCUUGUAUUACCAUGUUCUUAUAAUAAAAGACUGUCUGUGAAUUUAAGAAAUAAAUAGAAUUUUUACUCUA